GGUCUAGCUGCGCAUGCUCACUGCGCACCCGUUCCCGUCCUGCUUGCAGGCUGCGCCAUGGACUUUGGUACCGCUCAGCGAGCUGUGCUCCAGCUGCUCGGUACUACGGCUCCAGCAGAUGUCCCGGCACUGCUCCACUGGAUGAGAAAUACCCGGGAUUUUGAUGAAUUCACUCAAGAUAAUAAUGACAUUAUGUUGAAAAACAUAGCCGAUGACCUUCGGAGCUGUCUGCCCCAAGAGGCUGUGCUUUGCUCGGAACAGCUAGCCCUUCAAAAAAUGCGACAGCAGCCGGAGCCCACAGUUCACGUUGAUGCAUUCCUUUACGAUGAAGACUUUAUUGAUUCAUUAUGUGAGGAAGGGAAAAUGAGCAGAAACUACUGUACUGUGUGUGGCUCACACCAAACAGCACCUUUAGGUUUUAUUUCUCAUUCCUUCUCACUGGCGGAGUUGAAGCUCAUUUAUCAGCAUGUACUCCCGGAUCUGUCAGGAAAGGUCUUGGUUGACAUUGGCUCCAGACUUGGCACAGUCCUUUAUGCGGGCUACCUUUACAGCUCGGCAGCGCAGCUCUAUGGAGUAGAGCUUAAUGGAGAAUUUUGCCAUUUGCAAGAAAUGGUCAUAAAAAAAUACCAGUUCAGUGACAGAAUAAAGGUGCUUCAUGCAGACGUCUGUACCCAAGGUUCACUUCUGCAAAGUGCUGAUGUCAUUGUAAUGAAUAACGUCUUCGAAUAUUUUCUUACUGAGGCUGAACAGGCAAGAGCCUGGGGCUACAUCAUCCAUAAUGUAAGAAAACAAGGAUCACUACUAGUGACAGUACCAAGUCUCCAAGAUUCUCUCUUAGGUCUUGAGACUAAUAUGCAGCUGUCUUCCUGGGUGGAAGAGAUACCAUUGAACCUUGAUGUGUACCCACAAAGGGACAUGGACAGAGAAGCUCUUGAACAAAUUCAUUUAUAUAAGGUUCUCUAGCACAGGAGUAACGCUGUCUAGUGUGAUAUGUUAAUCCAUGUGCUUUGUAGAGUCUCUUUUAUGUUUUGUGUGUAUGAUUCUAUAUCUGUAAAUAGUUACAUAUGAUUAUACAUAUACAGUAGUUGUAUAUGGCUAUAAAUAAACUAAAUAUAAUUAAAAUA